AUGACGUCAUCACAAAUGAGAGCCGAUCGUCUACGGCUGUCGACGAACUCCGACCUUGUGACAGAUGGGUCACGGGACAACGGGCUCCUGACCUUGACCGGCAAACACAAGGAUCGCAUGGCCAUUUUGCCAGAAACGAUGGAGAGUCGACAACCUCAGAUGUCAGCUGUACUGAAUGGCGACUACGACAACCAUAUUGAUCACUUGACCGUCAUUGACUGUAGAUACCCGUACGAGUUUGAAGGAGGCCAUAUCCGGGGCGCCAUUAAUCUCUACACAAAGGACUCCAUCCGGAACUUCCUGAACGAGACAAUGACCUCAUCAGAAAAGAAUCACGUGAUCGUUUUUCACUGCAAGUUCUCAUCAGAACGAGGCCCGAAGAUGUACCGCCAUCUUAGAUCGCUGGAUCGUGAAUCCAACAAGGAUUCUUACCCACAACUGAACUUCCCAGAGGUUUACCUCUUGGAAGGCGGAUACAAGGAGUUUUAUCACCAGUUCCAGGAGCACGUGGACGACUUACGUCACUUCCGUGACAAUUCCAAGUCGUGGGCGGCAGGCGACAAACCACGUCACAGAUCACGUUUAAGUAAACCUGGCAGUUCUCUCAGGCUUACCUUCUGA